UUCUGUGGCUGGGGAAGCUGAGUCAGGAAAUCCCGGUUGUCCCGGCCGGAUCCUGGCUGAGUCAUUUGCAGGAGCUGAGUAACUGCGCUCCAUGGGUGGACAAGAGCUGGGCUCUGCCUGCCCUGCCCACCCCCUGCCUCAGUUUCCCCACAAUGCAGCACAUCCCCGGCAUAGGGAACCCGCUCCUGAGGGACCAGGCCUCGCCAGCGCCGGGAUGAACGGGACAGCCAACGUCAACCCUGCCGCCCGCAGCCACUUCGCCUCUGCCAUCCCGGUGCCCCGCGCUAUGGCCCAUGGCAAACCACACGCUGCGGCCCCCCCCAGCACCACGGCCCCCCCCGUGUCCCCCAGGGCUCUGUCCCCCCAGCCAGCCCCCGGCCCCAGAACCCUCAAACCCAAAGGCAGAGCUGCCGAGGGCAAUGGGGGCAGCCCCGGUGUCCCCCGCCGUGGGGGGCAGAAGGUCCCAGCGAGACCCCUGGUGCCCCCCGGGAAGUGGCCAGAAGCAGGGGGCAGUGGGAGGAGAGGGGCAGGCAGGGCAAGGGAGCCCCCUGAGCUCCCCAAGGCUCCCCCAGCACAGGGUAGGGCUGGGGGGCGGCUGGGGGCUGGCCCUGGGAAGGGCAGUGGGGUGACCGUGGCAGGGAUGGGGGAUGAGCCCCACAGUGGCUCGCAGGGGAGGGGUCCUGUAUUUGGGUCGGGGGCCAUCACCUUCUCCUCGGGUGCCCCACACAAUCACCCCGUCACUGCCACCGUGGCACCCUUCCAGUACCGGCUGCAGGAGCGCUGGGAGGAGGGUGACGAGUGCCCUGGACCUGACCCCGACCCCAGACCUGGAGGCCCGAGUGAGUCCAGGGGGGUUUGCUGGGGAUGGGGGGGGGGUCCUGCAGGGGGGGCAGGGGGUCGUGUGGAGCUCAGACCCCCACGGGCAUGUGCUGGAAUGGAAUCCGAGGGGGAACCCCCACAUAAGCUGUGCCCCAAUUCCUCUGGGAAUGACACGGCUGCAGCUCCUGUAUCCAGUGACUCCCACGGCUAAAAACCUACAACCAGAGGCAUCACCAAACCCAGGUGCAGGAGCCACCUUGGCAUCCC